AUGCCCAAACGUACGAACGGUGUCGGUGGCGGGUCGACUAAGCGCAAAGACAUAACAUCAGAUGAAGCGAAGGAUCAGGAACUCAGGUCUCCCAACAGUCUUGACCUCAGCCACAGCAAUACCGAAGGUCCUCGAAAUCCAGCUGCUGUACUAGCUUCCUCCAAUGGGGCCCUACAGCGCCUCGCAGAUAUCGUGCAGUACUUCGAAUCCUCUUUCACCUAUGACAUCAACGUGGUUGAAGGAGCUUAUAGGACGGAGAUGGACAGGGAGAAUGCAAUUCGAAGAUUGAAUGAGACUGUGGAGACACUGACUCAUGUCAAGAGCGAGGAGAUGGAAAACCUCCGUCGUGAGAAUGAAGAACUCAAAGCUGGUCAAGAAGCUUGUGAAAGGGAAAGGAAGACAUGCCAGAGGAUGGGAGCGGAGCUGGAGGCUCGGCAUGCCAAAGCAGAGGCAGGUAGAGAGGAAGAGUACAAACGGAAACUACAGGACGAGAAAGCCAAAUUUCAGAAGUCCAUGAGAGCGAAGAAAGCAGAAAUCGAAGCUGAAAGCAAAGAGAAAGUCGAAGACACGGAGAAGUUCCAGCGUAUAUCUGAUGCCAUCAAAGCCGUAUCAUCGAAGUAUUUUCAGAAGCUUCCAGAACAGGCCAUGGCGCUUAUCGAUGCGGAUGGGACACAGAACCCGGACGCUGUUCAUCAGGAGUUAAGCAAAUUGGAUCCUAUCUUUGACUCGACGCCUAUCUGGCAGACCGAAAUUUCAGAAUUCCUCAGGCUGAGGGACGUUCAACAUGUCAUUUCUGUUUGCCUGUGCGAUUUUAUAUGGCGACCGUUCUUUCCGCGAGACAGUCUACCGAACAACGAUGAAAUGGGUCCAUUUUUGGAAGAAGUCUCUAAGUCGCUCUCCCAGUCGGGCGGGCGAAGUGAGAGCGCGUGGAGAGUCCUGACCUUACGUGGCAUUGACGAUCUGAGUGUAGAAUCGAGCCGAGCAGAAUCCACGUUGCACCAAGUCCUCGAGAUUCUUCGACCGUUGACUGUUUCAUCCGAGUUGGUGGAAUUUGAGAAUGAUUUGGUCAAAAUUAUCAACGAGUCAAUCACGCUGUGGAAAACCGCAUGGAAGGACGAGGCCAAGUUUGUUGUCGAAAAGCGCCCCGAUCCUAGCGACAAAGAGAAAUGGCAAGCGGAAGACAUCCGGGGUUCUGUGGGGGGAUCCAUGCCACCAGAUGAAAAGAUUGACACAAUGGGUAUCCCAUCACUUUGUCUCUUCCCAAACAUUCUCCAAAUAACCUCAGGUGGUGAAACCGUGAUCGUCCACCAUGGCAGCGCACUUUUCCCAACAUCCCACGUUUGGAUUCAAGCAGUAUUGGAGAAGAAGGAGCAUGAGGAGGAGUUGGCCAAAGCAGUUUCGGACGCCCGCUCGAAGGUCAACGCUCGAAGGAUUUCAUGCCCAACAGGGCCGAACAGUCCUGUGGUGGGGAAAUUUUCCAUGACCCAGACUUGA